AUGUCAGCGAGCAACCAAGACCUGGUGCUCAUUAAAGAACUAGAGCUCAUCUUGGAUUCAUGCACACUUGAGCUCACGCCAGUGGAUGAAGCCUGGCCCGACCUCUACAUAGGAAAUGUGGCCAUUGCACAGAAUAGAAAGAAAUUACAUAAACUUGGCAUCACCCAUGUCCUGAAUGCUGCACACUCCAAGCAGGGCAGCAUCGGUGACCAGAGUUUUUACGGGAACACCUGCGUUUACUUUGGCAUCCCAGCAGAGGAUUCAGACCACUUUGAUCUCAGUCACUACUUAAAACUUGCUGCUGACUUCAUACAUAAGGCCCUGAAGAGCAAAAAUGGAAAGGUGUUGGUGCAUUGCAUCAUGGGAAUAAGCCGAUCGGCCACUCUGGUCCUGGCUUACUUCAUGUUGCGGCAGCGUCUCCCUCUCAGAGAUGCUCUGAGGCAUGUCGUCCAAAAGAGAGCCAUUUAUCCCAACCGGAAUUUCCUGUCGCUCCUCCUCAAGCUGGAUGAACAGCUGACAUUCAAACGGCGGUUGUGUCCUCUUCUUUGA